UAAAGAAGACAAUGAGAAACCUCUUAUUGUCCUGGUGGAAUGUGAGAGGAGAAGACAACGGUUGUAUGUCAUCGGCCCAAGAGCUUGGCAUCAAUGUCCAGUCUGCUUGCACCGUGACACACCAGAGAAUAAAAAAGGCAGGUAAACAAAAAAGAGAGAAAAGCAAGAGGUGUGACAGCAUGAGUAUGGAGUGUGAGUUUGUCUUUUAGUACUAAACUAUAGUUUUCUACAUCAAGACCAUAUUCAAGACAGGGACGGAAAUCUGCUGCUAGGGACAGAUGAUGAUCAUGUGGAAGGUUCAUGACGUUACAGUUCCAAAAUCCGGUGAUAAUUUUGAACCUGAAUCAAGGAGUGGAUGCACUUGAGACAUGCACAACUGAUACAAGUUCAGAUUCAACAGUGGAGAAACGCUUGAGAUGGAGCUGCUCCCUCUGAGUGUGCUGAGUCCUGGAGCUCCUCUCCAUCUGCAAGUGGAUCCUUUGUGGCUACAGCGUCAAGCUAUGGAGGAUCAGGUGGAGCUGUGGUGGUUCAACAAACCGCAUGUCUCUAUCUUGUGCUACUGCUUUUCAGUAGCCAUGAUUCUGGGCCUGGGCUCGACUGGUGUGGGGCUCCUCUCGAGCGCCUCUUCCGCAGUGGGGCCCUCUGCACUGUGGCGCUUGGGCGUGGGUUCAACGCUCUGCUUCCUGGCACUGGUGGUGCUCCUGAAGCAGCUGCUCAGCUCAGCUGUACAAGACAUGGACUGCAUACGAAGCCGGAGGCGCAUCGAACAGCUGCGGACUGGAGGAACUGCGGAUCCCGUGCUGUUGCUCUUCACUGGCUUGGCACUGGUAGUCUGUGGGACCACACUGCUCAGUCUCACUCAGUCUGACAUGCUUCUCUCUGGGGUGAUACUCCUGGCCAGCGGGGGCGCUGUGGUGCUGGGUGUGAUGGUAUAUGGUGUGGUGGUUUAUGUACAGGGGAAGAGGAACACAAGAAGGCGAAGACAGCGGCGAAGGGUAAGAGUAUAUACAGUGAUGGGGCAAAGGAACAGACCAUGGAGAGAUUCGACAUCCAGUCAGUCGAAUUUGUUAUGAGAGGAGAAUCGAAAAGAGGGGAAGAAGAGAAGGGUGCAA